CCAAAUCCACGCCAAAUACAUAGCACAUUCCAUCAACUAGUCGCUCUUAAAAGUCCAUCUUCCACCAUGCCGUUUUCCUGCUAACAUCCUGUUGGCGACCUUUCCUCGUCGGUUCCAACGUUGAGCUCAACUUUGUACUAUCUGUCUCUUGUAUAGCGACAUGCAUACCCCUUCAUCCUCGACGUCCCACCCUCGUCCUAUUCUAAAACAUCAACAAACAGCUCCGAACUAUGGUCAGGUCAUUGGAUCUCCAGAACGGCUUCAUGCCGUACACUUUCCCCCGUCCCCAACUUUGACUCGAACCUAUUCUGCAUACCCCCCUUCUACAUAUGACCGCUCUCCCAUUGUUGUGGCACCUAAUACAUGUGCUUUACCUGAGCGCGGCUGUCCUGGACGUACUUAUACCCUGGACGGGGACCGUCCAGCAAGCUCGUCGUCUCCAUCAAAACGACUACAGCACGGCAUACACCUUCAUCCUCGUGCCGUGUACAAUCAUCAAUCACAAAUUUCGCCCUCAAAACCGAGUGGCUUUGAUGAUGGGUCGCAGCGCACUCCUUGGCGCAGCUCCCCAACCCAGCCUCCUUUGAUUCCUGACCUCUCCUCGGAGUCGGACCAGAGUGAUGGCUAUCACCCAGAUUCAUACAAUACUUCUUUGAAACCUGCUCCGUCAAUACCAUGGCCUCCUCGUGCUCUAGGGGAUCCCAAUGUCUAUCUAAAGACACCGUCACACAAUCAGUAUGGUUAUUCUAAUAAUAGCCCCAACGUUCACUCGACCCUGCCAUUUCUCCCUUGCCCUCCCACUCCUAGCGACACACAUAAAGUCCGCCGCCAGAGACCAAAGGACCGCCCAUGGGAGCGGGAGCGAGGAAGCAAAUAUGGAGCAUACGUCAUGGAUGAUGAAGCACGCGACAAACCCAGCGUGCACAGGCCAUAUGGAGGCUUUUCAACCUCCGCUUUUGACGGACCCGAGGACAGCUGUUUGGGAGGAUUUUGACGACGAGCGACGAUGAAAUGAGGCUUUUGUUUGGAGGUGCAUAACGACAUUACGACUUCAGUGAUUCGCAUCGCAUACCGCCUGUUACCCGUAAUAAUAAUGGCGUUUAGAUUUCCCCUGUUGUACUGUGUACUCAAGUUACAAGUAUUCGAGAGAUUCAGCAUUGAUAUCUA